GACAGUGAUAAUGCCAAUGAGCAGUUAUCACCAGUACAUCUGCCACUGCAUGCAAGCAGUGCCGUGUUCAACGCUCUUCGAGAUGAGUGGGUCAAAACGGGUGUAACUCCAACUGACGCACUGGAGCAAUUUACGGACGGGAAUCGUUUGCCACUCGAUAAUUUACCUCUCUCAAAAGCGCAUUUAUCUGAUAAGUUGCUAGCAAAUCUUGUUGCCGCCAAUCAAACACGUCUUAAAUCACUUGAUAUUUCCGACGUACAGGGUAUUGUUGGUCAUGAGUUCAAUCGUAUACUCGAAGAGAAGAACGUUCAUUUGGACAAUUUACAAUCACUAUCAAUGACAUCAUUCGAAAUACUACGUGCACCGAUGGUUGUGGUGCCGCCACGUAAGAACGGUGUUUAUUGCAUGCAGAUGGGAGGAUCGUGCAAUACGCUACCGAUUUUGUCCGAAGAAGAUCUAGUUGGAUCAUCGAUUGAUAUCAAUAUUGAUCAUUACAUGGAUACGUCUGAUAUUGACGACAACGUUGCAGCAACCAAGUUGGCGUUUAUUUAA